AGGUGAAAGCAAGUUGCCUCCUUGCCACAUUAAGCCCCUGGCUGUGGUCUCCAAGUGCCCUUUCUUGGAUGCAGAGAUGGUCCAGACGAGCCAUAAUUUAGUGAGGGAGGAUGUCACAAAAACCCAAACUGGAACAUGUGUGGUGGACAAAUCCAUCAUGGACACUAAGAAGACCAGUACACUUGAUUUUGUCAAACCCAUGACCUCCACAGCAUCUCACUUUUUAAAGGAUAACCUUCCUAAAGGUGUGAGCUUCCAGUAUGACGGCUUCUUUGAGGAGAAAAUAACGGGCAAGAAAAGAGAUCACAGCUACAGAGUUUUUAAGACGCUCAACCGGCGUGCGCCUUCCUUUCCCAUGGCGGUUGACUACUCAGACGGUGUGGGUUUAGAGAAAGACGUGUCGGUGUGGUGCAGCAACGACUACCUGGGCAUGAGUGGCCACCCCAAAGUCACACAGGCCAUGUUGGAGACUUUGCAAAACCACGGUGCUGGUGCAGGAGGCACCAGAAGUAUCUCCGGGACAAGUCAAUUCCAUGUGGAGCUGGAACUCGAGCUGGCUGACCUGCACGGCAAAGAUGCUGCUCUGCUCUUCACUUCCUGUUUUGUAGCCAACGACUCCACAUUGUUCACCUUGGCUCGGAUGUUGCCAGGCUGCCUGAUCUACUCGGACGCUGGCAACCAUGCUUCCAUGAUCCAAGGCAUCGCCAACAGUGGAGUCAAGAAGUACGUCUUCCGCCACAAUGAUGUCAGCCACCUGCGAGAGCUGCUGGAGAGCUCGGACCCUUCUGUUCCAAAGAUUGUUGCCUUUGAGACGGUGCAUUCGAUGGACGGGGCAGUGUGUCCACUGGAGCAACUCUGCGACGUUGCCCACGCUUUUGGUGCCAUUACCUUUGUGGAUGAGGUGCAUGCGGUGGGCCUAUACGGCUCCAGAGGAGGGGGGAUUGGAGACCGUGACCGAGUCACCAACAAGAUGGACAUCAUCUCCGCUACCCUGGGCAAGGCAUUUGGGUGCGCGGGCGGUUACAUUGCAAGCACCGCCGCCCUGGUGGACACGGUGAGGUCCUACGCCGCGGGCUUCAUUUUCACCACUUCUCUACCUCCCAUGCUGCUGGCCGGAGCCAAGGAAUCCGUCAAGAUCCUCAAAAGUGACGAAGGCCGUGUGCUCAGGAGGAAACACCAGAGGAGUGUCAGGCUGCUUCGACAGAUCCUCUUGGAGUCGGGUCUUCCACUCGUCCACUGCCCAAGUCACAUCAUUCCUAUCAGGGUGGCAGAUGCGGAGAAGAACACAAAGAUCUGCGACAUCAUGCUGUCUCGUUACAACAUCUACAUUCAGGCAAUCAACUACCCCACUGUGGCCAAAGGGGAGGAGCUACUUCGCAUUGCCCCGACGCCAUACCACACCCCCAAGAUGAUGUACGACUUUGUUGACUGUCUGCUGAAAACCUGGACAGAAGUUGGCCUGCAGCUGCAAGCGCACUUGUCAGCCGAGUGCACCUUUUGUCAGCAGCCUCUUCACGUGGGUCUGAUGAGUGAGCGGGAAAAGUCCUACUUUACUGGCCUCAGUCACGUAGUCUCAGCCGCAGGUUAGCAUCUUUGUUAUCCCAGCUGUGUUGAAAUAGAACUCAUGCUUUCGACAUGAUGCUAUCUGGGCAAAUAAAGUGAAAGUAAAUGUUGGAUUAGGAUUCUGUACAUAUUGAUUAUCUAAAAUGCGGCCCAUUAAGAUUUUCAAUCCAGCUUGUCGGACAUUUCCAAAUUUUUUUUAAACCUUCAACAUGGAAACUGUAGCCGCCAAUAUGAUGUGCUUUCAGAUUACCAUACGCUUUCAACCAGUCGCUUUUGAGUGAUAUACAGUAGGGGUGUAACGGAACGUGAAUUUGUAUUGAACCGUUUCGGUACGGGGGUUUCGGUUCGGUUCGGAGGUGUACCGAACAAGUUUCCACACGGACAUAUUAAGUAGCGUACCGCACGUUGUGUAAACAAUGCACACCGAGGCACAACACACGGCAUGCUAGCAGCGACCGGGCUACGAUAGGCUGACCAUACCUCCUCUUUUCACCGGAUAUGUCCUCUUUUGCGGGGCUGUCCGGGUGGAGUUUCUUAAAGGCCUACUGAAAUGAGAUUUUCUUAUUCAAAAGAAAUAGCAGGUCCAUUCUAUGUGUCAUACUUGAUAAUUUCGCUAUAUUGCCAUAUUUUUGCUGAAAUGAUUUAGUAGAGAACAUCGACGAUAAAGUUGGCAACUUUUGGUCGCUAAUAAAAAAGCCUUGCCUGUACCGGAAGUAGCAGACGAUGUGCGCAUGACGUCACGGGUUGUAGGGCUCCUCACAUCCUCAUAUUGUUUACAACCAUAGCCAGCAGUAUAUAGAGCUAUUCGGACCGAGAAAGCGACAAUUUCCCCAUUAAUUUGAGCGAGGAUGAAAGAUUCGUGGAUGAGGACGUUUAGAGUGAAGUACUAGAAAAACAAAAAACAAGAAAAGGUGACGGCUCCAGGCGGCGGCAGGCUGCAUUUCCGAUGUAAUUAGACACAUUUACUAGGAUCAUUCAGGAAGAUCCCUUAUCUGCUUAUUGUUUUAAUAGUGUUUUAGUGAGAUUACAAAGUCAUACCUGAAAGUCGGAGGGCUGUGGUGAACGCCAGUCUCUCUCAGAGAAGCCGAGGAGCCAAGAUCACAGCUGCCUUUUUGAGCUGCAGGAGGUGGUCCGAUAAUCCACUGAAGUCUCCGGUAAGAGCCGACUUAAUAUCAAAAUUUUGCUUGACCGCUCUGUGUUAGAACUUCACAACAAAGAAACACCGGCUGUGUUUCGGUGCUAAAGGCAGCUGCAAUCCACCACUUUCCACCA